AUGAGCCCCUCCAGCACUCACGAGCCCGCAUGGGACAACUCCGGCGACAUUCUUCAAGGCAUCAUGGCCUCCCGCAUGGCUCCGUCUGCAUCGCAGUUUGAUCCUGUGUCGUCUGAUGGUGUUACACCGUCGGACCUCGCCCUCGGUGAUCCCGCCUCUUUCCUGGGAUUUCAGUUCGGCCCCGAGCCUACACUCAUCCCGCAUAACCACACAUCCAUCCUCAACCAGUGGCCGUCAUAUCACUCACAGGCCUCGUCACCGACAUCGCAAGUCUUGGAAUAUCCCCAGUUCCGCCAUCCGCGCUUGACCAACGAUCAGGAUGCCUGGAAUCCGCUCCAGGUAACGGGUGUCCCCACCAACCCUCCGGCCUUUCCCAUGGCCCCUCACCCGGGAAAGCCUCAGCCACUGGGCGGCUUGGACCGGCGAUACUCGAUCGGCCAGCACAGCACCCCCUCGGAAAACGGGAGCCAGUACAACAGCAUCCAUCCGUCCGAUUCUGGCUAUAGCAGUCGCAGCUGCGCGACCCGUUCCGUUACGACCCCAUCCUAUGUCAUGGAGUCCGCCUGCAGUCCGUAUCUGGGUCCCCACGAGUCCGAGCAGGAUGAUCGGGCGUCGACGUUGGAUCUCAACCCGGUGGUCGACCCGGCCGAGCACGUCGACAUGUCGUCCUUGUUAUACCAUGAUGUGAUACGCUGCGACUAUCCGGGCUGUCAAUGGACGGGGAAAUGCCCGUCUGAUAAACGGAAACAUGAGGCGAGACAUCGGAAGCUGUUCAAGUGCAAUGAGCCAAACUGCACUCGGAAGGAAGGUUUUGGCACGAUCAAUGAUCUCGCACGCCACAAGAAGUGCGUGCACAAACAGGAGCCGGAGCGCGGCCCGAAGGUGCUCUACAUGUGUUUUGGGCAGAACUGUCCCCGCAGAAAUAAGAAAUGGCCCCGGUUGGACAACUUCCGACAGCAUCUGGCACGGAUGCAUAACGACGAGGAUACAGAGGAGUUGUUGAAAAAGUCACACGAUUGGUACGAAAACUGUGUCAAACCACAGGAAAUGGCACAUAUUUCCGCUGAGGGGACUAUCCCUACCAAGACAGAGCCGGUACCAGUGCUAGGAUCCCUGCUGCAGCCCGCGGAAGACCUCACCACCUCCCCUCCAGCGCAUGUUACCCUUCAGAUCUCUGAAAACCAGACCCAGAGUCUGGCAGAGCAGAGCAUUUCACAUUUCAACCGGUUACCCCCGCAUACCGCCUCCCAGCACCUGGAACUCCCCCUCAAGGCUCUCGAUCUCAACUCCACGAACCACGACCCGUUAACCGCGACUCAAUCAGGUCUCUCGAAAAACGAUAGGAUGGAUGAGAUGGUGAACGAGGCGGCGACAAACAUGAUCAAUGCCAUGACGAAGAUGAUCAACAGCAAUCAGCGUCGACGAAGCCAUGUCACCGAGGAUGGUGAAGACAUCGAAGAGAAUGUCGAAUUGACGGGCCAGAAGAAGGAGAUGCUGCAACGGAUCCUAUCGGCGGCCUUGGAACGGCUGUCUGGGGACCCCGCACCCGCCCAGACGAGCACUCAAAACGCUUCAGACAGUAACGCGGACAAGCGAGGGUGGAUUCAAUGCGAGUUUUGCUCAAAGCGCACGCGCCUACGCUGCGAGAUGAAGAAACAUCAGAAGCGACAUGAGCGGCCGUACGGCUGCACAUUCGAUCGAUGCAAUAAGACAUUCGGCAGCAAAGCCGACUGGAAGCGACACGAAAAUUCGCAGCAUUUCCAUCUGCAGAGCUGGCGCUGUACAAUGCAGGAUGUCACCCAGGGCCGCAUGCCGUGCGCCCGUCUCUUUUAUCGACAGGAGGUAUACGUACAGCAUCUGAAGAAGCACCAUCAGGCGGAUGAUGGAGUCGUGCGGGAGGCCCUCUACAAGAACCGCAUGGGGCGCAACGGACAGUCCCGCUUCUGGUGUGGCUUCUGUCGCGACAUCGUGCCUCUGAAGACCCAGGGCAUCGAUGCAUGGAACGAGCGGUUCAACCACAUCGAUGCGGAGCAUUUCAAGCGAGGCGAGCGCAUUGGCGACUGGCUUCUGCCGUCCGGACAUUUGACCAAGAGCGCAGAACGCGAGGAAGAAAUGCGACGGGCGCUGGCGAACGGCGUCACGGGGGACGACGGCGGGCCGGACGUCGAAUACAAUAGCGACGACGACUCGACGAGUAGUGUGCACCACUCCGAUAGCGAGGUCUAUCCGGAUGAGGUUGUUUCGCUGGAUGCCGAGUCCGUACUGAGUUCGCGGAAAAGGAAGGUUGGUCUUGGGCCUUGUGCGGAGCAUGAUGCGGCGGGUGUGAAGCGGUAUAAAGCCGAACCUUUUUCGAACAUGCUCAAUCCAACGCUUUCGGAUGCUCAGCCAAUGCAAGGGGGAUGGUGA